AUGGGUCAUAGACAGGGAGGAGGACACAUAGGGUUCGCCGCUACUGGACGAACGGGGAUGUAUCACUCACAGCUGUGCUGGGAGCGCAAGAGGGAUAAGGCGGCGGCAGUGCACCCACCGACAGAGAGAUCAGCGGCAAAGGAUGCGCUAGCACGAGCCAUACUGGGGGAGAUUCAGGAGUACGAUGAGCUGCAGCAUGAACGGGGGCAUCCGCUGGAGAGGCGGUGGGUCUACCCGUGGGAAGAGGAGGAUGAGAGACCAGCGGUCUAUGCAGAGCAAGCUGACAUUUGGCUCCCAGGGGAUCGAGCGGAGAAAGCGGUGGAUAAGAAGCGUGAGGACUUCAGCGGGCUAGAAGAAGCGAUCGAAAGGCAGAGGAGCAGGGAGAGCUACGAGCAGGAAUUUGGGUAUGGGGAUUUCGCGCUCAUGGCAGCAACCAAAGAGCAGGAACAGGCACAACAAAAAACACAGGAAGCAGGGGAGGAGGAGGGCGCAAAAGGGACGCCGCGCAAGACUGUGAAGCUGGAGGAAGUGGAGCAGCCAAAGCAGGAGCCGAAGGAUCCCUCACGGAAGGAAGAGGAGAAGGAGUGGGAGAUAGGGGAAGGCAUGAUGGUGGCAGAUAUAGAGGAGCUGAAGAAAGUGCUGGCCAAGCACCGGUGA